AUGGUUCGUAGACGUACUGCUUCGCCACAAGCUUCGGCGCCGGUUCGUUCGCGUCCGGCACCAUCUCCGCCACCGCAGAGAUCCUCGUUCGCUGCUUCGCCACCACCACCACGGCCAGCGGCCGCUGCUCCAACGCCAACACCAACGGCUGCGCCAACUAUGGCGCCACCAGCUGCUGCACCAUCGCAGGGACCAGGACUCUUCGGACAAAUGGCGGCUACUGCAGGAGGAGUUGCCAUUGGAUCUGCUGUGGGUCACGCCGUAGGAAGCAUGUUUACUGGAGGAAGCAGUUCCCACUCGGAACCAGCUCAACAAGUUCAGCAAGCUGCUCCAGUUCCCCAAUCUCAGGCCUACUCACAACCAUGCGAGUUCGAAUGGAAACAAUUCAUUGAGUGCUCGCAAAACCAAUCGGACAUUUCCCUCUGCAACGGAUUCAACGAGGCCUUCAAGCAAUGCAAGACCAGAUACGCAUAG